AUGGGCGGAGCGGAGGACGGGGCGCACGCGGCGGGGGGCCACGCAUCCAACGGGCACGCCAAUGGGGCCGUGGAGGAGAAGGUGGACGAGCUGCGGCGGGUGAUGGGGAAGGCCGACGGGGACCCGCUCCGGAUCGUCGGCGUCGGGGCCGGGGCCUGGGGCAGCGUCUUCUGCGCGCUCCUGCAGGACGCCUACGGCCACCUCCGCGACAAGGUGCAGCUCCGCAUCUGGCGCCGCCCCGGCCGCGCCGUCGACCGCGCCACCGCCGAGCACCUAUUCAACGUCAUCAACGCGCGCGAGGACGUCCUGCGCCGCCUGAUCCGCCGAUGCGCCUACCUCAAGUACGUCGAGGGCCGCCUCGGGGACCGCACGCUCUACGCCGACGAGAUACUCAGGGACGGCUUCUGCCUCAACAUGAUCGACACCCCGCUCUGCCCGCUCAAGGUCGUCACCAACCUGCAGGAGGCCGUCUGGGACGCUGACAUUGUCAUCAACGGCCUGCCAUCCACGGAGACGAGGGUUGUGUUUGGGGAGAUUGGGAGGUACUGGAAGGAGAGGGUUAAUGCCCCAGUCAUCAUCUCGCUCACCAAAGGGAUAGAAGCAUCCCUGGAUCCGGUGCCGCGGAUCAUAACUCCGACACAGAUGAUUAGCAAAGCAACUAAGGUUCCAUUGGAUAAUAUUCUAUAUCUUGGUGGUCCUAACAUCGCAUCUGAAAUAUAUAAUAAAGAAUAUGCGAAUGCUCGUAUUUGUGGAACUGACAAAUGGAGGAAACCUCUUGCUAAAUUUUUGAGGCAACCUCAUUUUAUUGUCUGGGAUAAUAGUGAUCUCAUCACUCAUGAAGUCAUGGGAGGUUUGAAAAAUGUGUACGCUAUUGGUGCUGGUAUGGUGGCAGCACUAACCAAUGAGAGUGCUACCAGCAAGUCUGUUUACUUUGCACUUUGCACAUCCGAAAUGAUCUACAUCACCCACCUUCUGGAAGAAGAACCCGAAAAACUUGCUGGACCGUUAUUAGCUGACACUUAUGUCACAUUGUUGAAAGGUCGUAAUGCAUGGUAUGGGCAUAAGUUAGCUAAAGGGGAACUGACUCUGGAAAUGGGUGAUAGCAUAAAAGGCAAAGGGACAAUCCAGGGUGUCUCUGCGGUCGAUGCAUUUUAUAAACUUCUCAGUCAGGAUAGUUUGAGUGUAAUGCAUCCAGAAGCCAAAAAAUCUGUUGCGCCAGUUGAGAUGUGCCCCAUCUUGAAAACACUUCAUAAAAUUUUGAUCAAGAGGGAACUUCCUACUGAGUCGAUUCUUCAGGCUAUAAGAGAUGAGUCAAUGUGUGAUCCGCGUGAAAGAAUUGAGAUGGCACGGGGCCAGUCACUUUACCGACCAUCUAUUCUUGGUCAACCAAAUGGAGAUGUGAAAGCUUAG